AUUAGUGCUGAAGACCCAAAGAGAGAUAAAGAGUCUUUGGGAUGCUUCACCGUCAAAAGAAGAGUGACUCUACAGACUGCUACCAAAAGGGUCACCUGCAGAGUCCACCAGCGUGAGAUAAACACAACCAGGGAGUCAACGAUUUACAUACCAGAUGAAUGCAUGAAAUCCUCCACUCGAAUCGUCGCAAUUGCUAUGGUGGCGACCGUCAUAGUGUGCACACUAAUCUGUGCUCUGUGCUCUUUUUAGUCAAGAGAGGUUACUUGUCUGUGGGAGGACAAAAAUCGAGCUUGGAGAAAGAUGAGAUCAAGCGAUUAACUAAAGAGCUGAAAGACCUCAAAUCCAGGCAGAGUCCAGCACAACAGUCCAGCCAGUCUACAAAUAACCCUAGAUCCUCACCAGGCACCUCAAAGCGUGACAUCCCACCCCCACCAAAGUCUUCCUACCACAGCAAGCUCCUUAAGCCAGCAUCCUCAGCCAACGGCAGCCAUCCAAAAUCUGGCACCUUACCCCAGACUAAGGACUCAAAACCUGUUGCGUUAAGACAAAAUCCGGCACGCAGCCCACAGAUGAGAAGAAGCAGUCACGGCAGCAGUUCUGCUGUCUCAAUAACUAAUGAUGCUGCGUCAUUCAAUCCUCCUCCAGAUUCAAAAGACAAACCUCUUCCCCGUUCGACGAGUCUGUCUGAGAAACGGCCUCGUAAUGUCAUUGCAAAGUCUCCACGCAGGAAUACUCUCUCAGGCAUUUCCAACAACCCCUACGGUGUCCUGGCAGAUUUAUCAGAAGAUGACAAUCCGCUGAUCGGAUAAAGAGGGAUAACCAAAUGUGAUCAGACAGGUUUAAAAAUUGU